AUAACAGAGGUUCAGCACACAAUGUCCAAAGAUUAUUUGAUUCUAUUGGCCCAAUCGAAUCCUAAUUUCAGAAUAGCUGAGUUGGAAUCGUUGGCUGAUUUAUACAAUAUACCUCAAAUUGAUUUCAGCAGCCAUUCUGAAGCUCAUCCAUUUUUGAAAAUUAAAUUAGACAAUGAUGAGCAGGCUAAGAGAUUAAUCAAAAGAACCAUUUUGACAAGAGGAAUUUUUGAACUUUACGCUGAAGGAAAAAAUUUAACUGAAUUGCACAACAAUCUCAAGAUUUUCCUUAAAACAAAUCCAAAUAUUUUGAGUGAAUAUAGAGAUUCGUCUUUUAAAUUUGAUGUAAUUGGCUAUAAAGGGAAUAAGUCGUUGAAAAAACAAAUUGAAAUGAUUGAAACGUUUCAAUAUUUAGAAUUAAAUGGGAAAAUCGAUUUGAAAAAUCCAGAAGAAAUAUUUACAAUAAUUGAAAACUAUGAUCGUAUUGAUUUAGUGAAUCAAAAAACUGAAGAUAAAAAGGAAAAUUUUGAGCUUUUCAAUAAAAAAGUUGAAAAUUCAAGUUAUUAUUUUGGGAGACAAGUUCAAUUAAGUUUAAGGACAUCAAAUAUAUUGAAAAAAUAUGAUUUGAAAACAAGAAAGUAUAUUGGUACAACCACUUUUGAGAGUGAAUUAUCAUUAGUUUCAUCAAAUAUUGCCCAAGUUAGUAAGAAUAAGUUGGUUUAUGAUCCAUUUGUUGGGACUGGAAGUUUGUUAUUAACAUCUGCUAAUUUUGGUGGAAUAACAAUUGGAUCAGAUAUUGAUGUUAGAACAUUGAAUGGGAAUAAAGAGAAAGGGAUCAAUAUAGGUUCUAAUUUUGAGCAAUUGAAUAUAAAUUUACAAUUUCUUGAUGUUUUGGCUAUGGAUUUUACACAUCAUUGUUUAAGCCAAAAUUUCAAAAUAGAUACAAUAGUAUGCGAUCCACCAUAUGGGGUUCGAGAGGGAUUAAAAGUAUUAGGCACAAACCGACCCAAAAGAUUUGAAGGCAAAGAAAAUAUAAUAAUUGAUGGGGAAAAAUCAUUUUUGAGAAAGGAUUAUGUUCAGCCCAAAAAAGCGUUUGAAUUAGAAAAAUUGUUGGAUGAGUUGUUAGAGUUUUCGAGUAAAAAAUUGAAUAAAAAUGGUAGACUAUGUUUUUGGAUGCCAACAGUAAACGAAGUUAAAAACGAGGAACAUGUAAUACCAAGACAUUGCGAAUUGGAGUUGAUAUAUAAUAUGGAACAAAAAUUCAAUAAGUGGUCAAGGAGGUUGUUAGUUUAUGUUAAAAGAGAUUUAAACGAAUAUAAGGGAGAAACAAUUAAGCUUAAUGAGGUUCAUAAAAGUUAUUUUCGUGAAAGGUAUUUCAAUGGAUUUAAGAGUAUUGAAGAUACAAUCAAAUAAAAUAAGUGUUAAGUGCUAUAAAGAAAAACAUUUUUUUAUAUAUUAGUGUAUAAAGGAUAGUUGAACUAACAACAAGAAAAAGGAAAAUAUUGUAUCCUGUCUUUUUCUAAAUCAAUUGUAUUAUUAAAUUUUUUAUUGUUAUUCUGAUUGGAUUUGAUAUUUUUCAUAAUUUCGGAGGUGCUUUUAUUGGAUGUGUUAUUAGAAUUAUUGUGAAUAUUAUAUUUGUUAUUUGUGACUAUGGUAGAUAUUAGAGUUCUAAAUAGCAGUUUAGCGUCAUCGAGAUAAAUAGCACUAACUUCA